AUGGCCGGCUGGGCGAGGGAAGCGAGUGUCCCACUCCCGGCUGCACUGGUGCACCCCCUCCUUGAGGGCGUGCUUCAGUGUCAGAAGGACAUCAAACUGUUAGAGUGUGUCCAGAGCAGGAUGACCAAGAUGGUGAAAGGCCUCAAGGGCAAGGCUUGGGAGGAGCGGCUGAGGAGUAAUUUCAGGUGUGAGUUAAACCUUGAAUGCUGUGGAGCAUUCGGGGGACCCGACCCGGAGCUGGAGGCCACCAUGGGCUUCUCCGGAUUCGGGAAGAAAGCUCGCACUUUCGACCUCGAAGCCAUGUUUGAGCAAACGAGAAGAACUGCAGUGGAGAGGAGCAGGAAGGUCUUGGAGGCUCGUGAAAGAGAGAAGGAAGACCAGGCUGAAAAAGAGUUUAGAAAUCCAUGCACUGAUUCAUCAGCUUCAGCAUCCAGUGCAACAGGAGCUGGGUCCACAUUAACGCAAAGAGAGACAGCCUGUAGUGAAAGUGGAGGCAGCUCAGAUGAAGAUUUAACUGGUCCUUCCAUGCAAUCCCAGACUUCUGCCCAAGGUCCAGCUGAGGAUACUGAUGAGGAUGAUGAUGAAUUCAUUGGGCCACCACUUCCGCCUGGGUUCAAGGACAGUGAUGAUGAUAAUGACAAUGAUGAUACAGAGGAGGAAGAUAAUAACCCUGUCAAGAAAAUUCCAGAUUCUCAUGAAAUUACACUCCAACAUGGGACAAAAACAGUUUCUGCUCUGGGGUUGGAUCCUUCAGGUGCCCGUUUGAUAACUGGUGGAUAUGACUAUGAUGUUAAAUUUUGGGAUUUUGCUGGAAUGGAUGCCUCUCUUCAAGCUUUUCGUUCACUCCAGCCUUGUGAAUGUCACCAAAUCAAAUCUUUACAUUAUAGUAGCACAGGAGAUGUCAUUCUUGUUGUCUCUGGUAACUCUCAGGCAAAAGUUCUUGACAGAGAUGGCUUCCCAGUAAUGGAAUGCAUAAAAGGAGACCAGUACAUUGUGGAUAUGACGAACACAAAGGGUCACACAGCAAUGCUCAAUUCAGGCUGUUGGCAUCCAAAAAUAAAGGAAGAAUUUUUGACAUGUUCUAAUGAUGGAACUGUGAGGACGUGGGAUGUUAAUAACGAAAAAAAGCACAAAAGUGUAUUUAAACCACGAUCAGUCCAAGGUAAACGGGUGAUUCCUACAACUUGCACAUACAGCAGAGAUGGUAAACUCAUUGCAGCUGGCUGUCAAGAUGGGUCCAUCCAGAUCUGGGAUAGGAAUAUGAGUGUACACACAAAGUUCCACUGCAGGCAAGCCCAUGCUCCAGGCACCGACACUUCAUGCUUGACAUUUUCCUAUGAUGGUACUGUACUUGCCAGCCGGGGAGGAGAUGAUACUUUAAAGCUAUGGGAUAUUAGACAAUUUAAAAAGCCUCUUAAUUCCGCGGAACGACUGCCCAGCUUCUUUCCAAUGACAGAUUGUUGUUUCAGCCCAGAUGAUAAAAUAGUCGUCACAGGCACUUCUGUUAAGAAAGGUGGUGGCAGUGGGAAGCUUUUUUUCUUUUAUCGGGAGACAUUCCAGAAGUUGUAUGAGAUAGAAGUUACAGAUGCGAGUGUUGUGCGUUGCCUUUGGCAUCCCAAGCUGAACCAGAUCAUGGUUGGUACAGGAAAUGGUUUGGCCAAAGUGUACUAUGAUCCUGUCAAAAGCCAAAGGGGAGCAAAAUUAUGCGUGGUCAAAACAAAACGAAAAGAGAGACAAGCGGAGACUCUUACACAGGAUUACAUUAUAACACCCCACGCACUUCCAAUGUUCCGUGAACCACGGCAGCGAAGCACCAGGAAGCAGCUGGAGAAGGAUAGGCUGGACCCCAUGAAGUCUCACAAACCUGAACCUCCAGUAGCAGGACCAGGUCGUGGUGGGCGUGUUGGAACUCACGGAGGUACCUUGUCGUCAUAUAUAGUCAAGAAUAUUGCACUGGAUAAGACAGAUGAUAGCAACCCUCGAGAGGCUAUUUUACGUCACGCAAAGGAAGCGGAGGAGAAUCCAUACUGGGUUGCUCCGGCAUAUGCUAAAACACAGCCAAAAACAGUUUUUGCAGAAGUGGAACCCGAAGAUGAUGAAACAGACAAGCCAGAGUGGAAAAAACGUAAAAUUUGAAGAAUUUGGUUUAAAGAAUAAUUUUAGAGCAUUUGAAACAAAGUACAGCAUUUAUUUCUUUAUGUUGGGGAGUGGAUCAAAAUUUGAAAGCAAAAAUUAAUUUGGUUCAUAAAACCUGCUGUAGUGUAAAAAGGGAUUGUUGCAUUACACUGGAUUGUGAUCCCACAUCUGAAUUUUGUAAUAAGGAAUGAAUUACAUUGUGCAAAGAACUCCUCUGUCAGUUAUUUAGCUUCAUGAUUUAAGUGAGAAGUAUUUCCUUAUAGAUAGAGCUCUAGUGAAUUCAUUAUAUUGCCAAAUGUUUUAAAUUACUGCCAACUUUACAAAUGCUGUGUCCUGACAAUGUUCAAUGAUUUUAAGAAUAUAAAUAAAAUAAUACAGUUUCUCAGACUCCUUUUUAUUUUUUCUGGUUAAGAUCUAACAAAUUACCCCCUUCAUUGCAACUGUAACCAAGUUUACACUUUUAUUUAAAUUAACACAGAUUUAGUUCACACUUCUGUGUGAACUUUAGAAAACGUAUUUUCUAGUGUCUGUCCUUAUUUGAAUUAUGUUCCUUUUAAGUAUGUGUAAUAUCUCACAGUAGUAUUUUAUAUAGCUUUUAUUUUUCAACAGUGUGAAAUUAGAAUGGACAAUUAUAUAUUUUGGUUUAAUAAAAAUAACAUCUGUUACCUACUUGAUGCAAAAUUUUCUUCAGGCUUCUUCUCCCUAUUAGUUUGUGCUGGUAAGUGUUAGGAUAGAACAGAGCCGUGUAUUUAUUAUCAGGUCUUUGUAUCUAUUGACUAUAUUGUAUGCCUGAAUUAUGUAUAUCCUGCCUCACACUCUGAAGACUGAUCCUGUCCUUUAUAAAGUGGUUUCUCAGAUAUUGAAAGUUUUUAUUGUUUAACACAAAAUUGCAAUUCUGAAUGUCGUAAAGUGAAGGACAGAUUUAAAAUUAAUGUCCUUUAGAGAAGGAGAAAGGAACCCAGGUUAGUUUUAGGCAUUUAUAUUGUGAUUAUAAUAAUAUGCAAUAUAGCAAGCACUCUGCAUUUCCACGAAGAGUAGAGAGUAAUAGACACCAUAAACAAUCAAGCUUUCUUAAUUACGAAUAGAUUCUGAAGGCUAUAUUUAGCAAAGCACUUAAUCACCUUCUUAACCUCAAGCGUGUGGUCCUGAUAGUCA